CAUAUUGGGACAGAGCGAGCUAAGGGCGUGCACAAGGGAUAGCAAACUGUAUAAAAGGGAAGCCCCAUAUGAGGGGGACUGAGAUCACUUUGGGACGUCUCAUUGUGGGGGUCUCGUGUAGGUGGACAAUAAACUUGGACCCUUGGUUCUCUCACCUACGGUGUUCUUGUAUAUUUCUUCAUCCACAAAUUGGUCUAUCUGAUCUUUGGUGAAAGCCUUUGUGUCAUAUUUAGCUACAGUUGAAUUAAAGAAGCCUGAAUCUUGAUGUAUUUGUGGGAACUUAAAAUGUUCUAUUUGUCGGUGAGUCAUGCAGGAGAUAAAUAAUCCACAAUUAGGAUAUUAGAGGGCGAGUUUUCCUGACUUUCUUGUGGUGUUUUGCAGGGCUAUAUAGUUCUAGCAGUAUCUUUACUCUGCAGUUUGGAACACGUUACUGGGAAAUGCAUUCCGUCCAAGUGUGUUGAUCCAAACACAUGCAGCUUAUCUGAAGAUGGCCUGAGCUGUAAAUGCGCAGCGGGUUAUUUUGGAGACCAGUGUGACCAAGGUGCUUCAUCACACACGCACAAGUUAAUUGUAUAACGUGAAAUCCACUUUCCUGGUGGUCAAGGAGCAUAAAUUUAGGUCUGCGAAACUUUAUGAAGUCUGGACCACCUGGCAGUCAAGUUUAACUGUGAAACUGUGGUUUCACUUCAAUGUGGGGUUUUUGUCCCCCACCGCCGUCUUGAAAUGAGUGCUUGAAUUAAACUACCCAAGUAGCAUUUAGCAUGAUGCACUUAACUUUUAUUUUUAAAGCAUUAAUUUAAACAUGACUUGGUCUUUAAAACUAAUGACUGAAGGCCAUUGAAAGUCCUGGAGUUCUGAAUUCAUCUAUUUUGGGUACUGAAUAGAACUUUUAGUUGUGAACACUUAAUUUCACAGAGCAUGCUCCAGCAAAGGAUUAAGUAGGAAUGUUGCCUUGUGUAAUGUGCAGGCUCUAAUGCAAGCCCCCCCCUUCUUUUACAGCUGUACUGAUGAAUGUCGUGUGUGGAAAAGAUUCAAUCACAAUCUCUGUGAUUGAAGAUUUCUUUAAAUAUUUCAACAUCGGCAUUGGGUCUGUUCACUUGACAAACCCUGAGUGUCGUGCCAGAAAGGAGGUGAUUGCUGGUGUUACAUUUUUCACAGUGCGAACACCAAAGGACAAGUAUACUUUCUGUGGUGGCCAACCUGUUGAGAAAAACAUUACCCAUGUGAUCUACUCCCUGACAUUGAUGUCGGAGCUGCAAGUUUACAGGAACAUUGUAAGAGACUCUGCCAUAAAGAUUGAGUAUAAGUGCGUCUACCCGUUCAUCCGCACGGUCAGCCUGGCUUAUCCCGUCCUCCCUGUGACAAGUGAGGCGGUGUUGCGGAUGGAUGAGCUGGAUGCAACAGUGGAACUGAGUGUGUAUAGGGAUGAGCGGUAUGUGGAUGUCUAUGGAGGCGUACCCACUGUUCACUUCAGGGAGAGAGUGUUCGUGCAGGUCAGUGUGACCCGGCCGAGGGAUUUCUUCAACUUGAGGGUGGAUGAGUGCUGGGCAACACAGACUGCAAAUCCCAAUGACACGUCAAGCCUCUCGCACACACUCCUUCUGGAUGGGUGUGCUGACGAUGAAACGGUCUCAUUUAUAACAAAAUCCAUUACAUACCGAAAUGGUACCAUGGCACAAGGGGGACAAAAUGGCGUGAGCUCAACUGUGCGUUUCUCCUUUGAAAUGUUUCGCUUCAUUGUCGAGCCCCAUGAGCUUUAUUUACACUGCAUAGUUCACCUCUGUACCCAAGGGCAUGGAGAGGCUUGUGUACCUGAAUGUAAAUCCAUUGUGAAGAGAGAUGCUCCAUCAAUGGAACCCCUUGAAGGUCUUGUGUCUUAUGGCCCAAUUAGGCUUGCAGAGCCUGAGCAGCCCAAGAUGAAUAUGCUUUUUACCCUGAUGCUGCCCAUGGCUGUGGUCUGGAUUGUGGCACUCUUUGUCCUCAUCUUGAUCUACAUUGCCAAGGCAGGGAACAGACGCAUGGUCUCUGACUGUCCAUCAUAAUGUAACUGCACCAAAACCUUUUAUUUUAUUUAUUUUUACUUUCAAAAUGUGUUUACACUGGCUUGACUUGUAAACUUAUUGAACUAAAGAUGGUUGUGACCUACUAUCUGUUUCC